CCUGCAAGUGCCUGUUCGGCCCCAACCCGAGCACCUGCCCUUAAUCCUCAGGCCUGCUGCAUGGGACCUGCGCUAGCCCACCAGGAAGCAUCCUGGGCCGGCGAUUGCUCGCAAGCAGCAGGUUUCAGCUGUGGACCUCAGACCCCAUACGGCCCUCUCUACCCUCUUUCCCCCGGGGCCAGUUUGGUGACCGUGGUCGCCGCUGUCUCCCACCUCUGACAGGCCCGGAAUGGCUUCUGACAUGCGGCAAGACCCGGGUGCUUCGGCUUCCGCGGAAUUAGUAACAGCUUUAGGGCUGGUGUCUUUCCCAGAGGCCCCACCAGUGGCCUUCAGUUAUCCAGGACUUCUAGGCAUGUGAAAAGGGACCUCCCCAGGGGAAACGGGAUCCCAUGUGGACCCCAGAAGGAGUGCUGGAGGCUCUGGUCCCCGGACGCCUUCCCGUCCCUUCGCAGCCGGGGCAGUACGGGUCAGUGGCCGAAGUUCUCCAGGGAAACAGGCCGAUGGCAGCCGGAUCCGUCAACAUGAAUCCCGUGGUCGUGGUCCAUGGGGGCUGGGCCAGCAGUUUCUCCAAGGACCGGAAAGAGCGGGUGCGCCAGGGUGUCGUCAGAGCCGCCACCGUGGGCUACAGCAUCCUCAAGGAGGGGAAGAGCGCCGUUGACGCCGUGGAAGGAGCCGUGACCGUCCUGGAAGAUGAUCCCGAGUUCAACGCAGGUCGUGGGUCUGUCUUGAAUGUAAAUGGUGAAGUUGAAAUGGAUGCUAGUAUCAUGAAUGGAAAAGACCUGUCUGCAGGAGCUGUGUCUGCAGUCCGCUGUAUUGCAAAUCCCAUUAAACUUGCACGGCUCGUUAUGGAACAGACAUCUCAUUGCUUUCUGACUGGCCAAGGGGCAGCAAAAUUUGCAGCAGCCAUGGGGGUUCCAACGGUUCCUGAACAGCAGCUGGUCACAGAGAGAAACAUAAAGGACCUAGAAAAAGAGAAGCAUGAGAAACGUGCUCAGAAACCAGGCUGUCAGAAAAACUUGGGAACUGUGGGUGCUGUUGCCUUGGACAGCGAAGGAAACGUGGCUUAUGCAACCUCCACCGGGGGCCUCGUAAACAAGAUGGUGGGCCGCGUCGGGGACUCGCCCUGCAUAGGAUCUGGAGGUUAUGCCGACAAUGACAUUGGAGCCAUUUCAACGACGGGGCAUGGGGAAAGCAUCCUGAAGGUGAAUCUGGCCAGGCUCGCUCUCUUCCACGUAGAACAAGGAAAGACAUUAGAAGAGGCUGCUGACAUGUCGUUGGGUUAUAUGAAGUCAAAGCUCAAAGGUUUAGGUGGUGUCAUCUUGGUCAGCAAAGCAGGGGACUGGACAGUAAAGUGGACGUCUGAAUGCAUGCCCUGGGCGGCCGUGAAGUGCGGCAAGCUGCACUUUGGAACCGACUGUGAUGACACCAGUGUCACUGACCUGCCCUGAAGUCCUGCCCUAGGAGGAGCGUGUGCUGGAUGCUAGCUUGGAGUAGCCAUCCUAAUGGGUUGUGAAACUUCAUGUGAUUUUGGCUUGAGAUCUGAACUCAUGCAAGUGCCAGGAAAGCAGGCCUAGGUGUGACUCAGCUCACCUACCCGUUCUGCUGCCAUCACCCCAAAUGAAAAAUGGAAUCUCUCCUGGAUUUUGCCUUCCUGUCUCAAGUCACAAAGCCUUCCCUCUUCCACCAGGCGCUGUGGCAUGCGUCGGGCGACCUGGACCCCUGUUGUUCCCAACAAGCCUCAGGGUUUACGCUGCCUUGUCUUCCCUCAGGAUUCCUCCUCCAAACGUUUCUUCAUGUCAAAAUCCUGCAUAUCCCCUGUGGCCCCCAAUAUGCCCCUCCGUAUACCCAGACUGACUGAAAAUUUCCGUGCCUCUCUCUGUGUUUCCGCAGAGCAGUCUGUUGUGGUUGGGGAGGGGGGAGGGCGAGCCUGACUCUGCUGCCGGUACCCUGAUGACUCAGAAGUGUGCUCCUUCUAUUUGAUGUGUAAAACUAAAAAGAGGCUUCUUGUUA